AUGUCAAACCUUAAUCAAUCCGGGAGGAAAUCAGAAGAAUACGGUGAUUACGUAGACACUUAUGAGAUAGAUGACACUGAAAAUUUAAUAGAUUUGAGUGAUGAUGAUUCAAACUCAGAUAAACCAGUUGAAAAAGAAUCUGAAUCAACUCAAAACAAAGAACAGACUGCCCCACCUCCACAAAUUCGUAAACGAUCUACAUUUUUCGAUAGAAUAAUAGGAAGGAAGUCUCCCUCACCAUCAAUAUCUUCCACACGAGUGUCAAGGUCGAGCUCUUCAAGCUCGACUUAUCUCCCCCCUUUGUCACCAUUAUCAUUGAAAGGCUAUAAAGCUAGUACUAAACAUAAAUUAUUGGAUGAUGAGUUGGCCAAUAAUAUAAGAAAUCUAUUACCAGCAAGACUACAGUUAUUUGAUGAAUGGAACUUGGUCUACUCCCUUGAACAACAUGGGAUUUCAUUGAAUACCUUAUAUCGUCAUUGUGAUCCUGAAUUUCAGUUACAACAACUAAAGAAAAAGAAAGUUGAAAAGGGUUAUGCUGAUGCCAUUGUUAAGAAUAUGGUAGUAGGAAGAGCUGCCAAUACAUUCAAUGCAUUUGAAACAAGAAGACCUCAAGGUUACGUCUUGAUCAUAAAGGAUGAAAAGAAUUCCAAAUUUGGAUGUUAUCUAAAUGAAAACUUAAAAAUCAUGGAACAUAAAAGAUAUUAUGGGAAUGGAGAAUGUUUCCUUUGGAAAUGCGAGCUGUAUAAUCCAAGAACCUUAUCGCAUGCAACAUCCUUACCAGAUGAAGAAAAAGAAGCCUUUAGAUUUAAAGCCUUCAUGUAUACCGGUAUCAAUGAUAAUAUCAUAUAUUCAAACAGUCAAUUUAUAUCAAUAGGAUCUUCAAAUGGACAAAAUGGAUUAUAUAUUGAUAAAUCAUUAUACAAGGGGGUUACUUAUAGAUGUGAAACUUUUGGAAACGAAAUUCUAAAUGAUCAAGUAGAUGAAAAAUUUGGGAAAUUUAAAAUCAUGGGAUUAGAAAUUUGGAGAAUUGGUACAUUAGAAUGA